CCCACUGCCUGCUCCAUGGAGGCGGCGGCGGCGGCGGGACCGGGGUCCGCGCCGGGGCCGGAGCGGUGCCCGCUGGGGGAGGACAGCUUUACGCGCUUCUCGUCGCAGAGCAACGUGUACGGGCUGUCGGGCGGGGCCGGGGGCCGCGGGGAGCUGCUGGCCGCCACCCUUAAAGGGAAGGUGCUCGGCUUCCGCUACCAGGACCUCCGACAGAAAAUCCGGCCCGUCGCCAAGGAGCUGCAGUUCAACUACAUCCCGGUGGAUGCCGAGAUCGUCUCCAUAGACACGUUCAACAAGUCUCCGCCCAAGCGGGGCCUGGUCGUUGGCAUCACGUUCAUCAAGGACUCCGGGGACAAAGCCAGCCCGUUCUUGAACAUCUACUGCGACUACGAGCCCGGGUCCGAAUACAACCUGGACUCCAUUGCCCAGAGCUGCCUGAACCUGGAGCUGCAGUUCACUCCGUUCCAACUGAGCCACGCCGAGGUGCGGGUCGGGGAGCGGCUGGAGACGGUGUUUCUGCUGAGCGGCAACGACCCCGCGAUCCAUCUGUACAAGGAGGACGAGGGUCUGCACCAGUUCGAGGAGCAGCCGGUGGAGAAUCUGUUUCCGGAGCUCGGGGAGCUGAACAGCAGCGUGCUGUGGCUGGACGUUCGCAACCUCCCGGGGUCGGCACAGAGGAUCACGGCCUUCGGCUGCCAGAGCGGCUUCGUCCAGGUGGCCUGGGUGGACCAGGCCAGCAGAGCCGUGCUGCGCACCUGGAGCGUCCAGCAGGACGGCCUCUCCCGCGUCCUCGUCUUCGGCCCGUCCCCCGGCCCCGCCGAGGACCGCCCCCGGCCACCCCCCGGAGAAUACAGCGUGCUGGUGGCCAGCAUGAUCGAGCUCUCUGUAGUCUACCGGAACGUGCUGCGGAAGGGCCUCGGCGACCAGGUGCUGCUGCCCGACAGCGACCAGUUCGACAGCGUCCUGUGCGGGCUGGUCACCGACGUGGACUUCGACGGCCGCCCUGAGAUCCUGCUGGGCACCUACGGGCAGGAACUGCUGUGCUACAAGGAGCCGGAGGGUCCGGGGGACCCGGCGGGGGGCUUCCGGCUGCUCUGGCGGAGGAGCUUUCCCAGCCCCCUCCUGGCCAUGGAGCACCUGGACCUGACCGGAGAUGGCCUCCGCGAACUGGCCGUCGUCUCCCUCAAAGGCCUGCACAUCCUGCAGCACAGUCUGACCCAGACGGCGGCCCGGAUACUGCAGCGGCUCCGGGAGCAGGUGGAACGGCAGAGGCAGCAGAAGGCAGGGCCGAGCAGCAGCCCGCCCCCGGCCGACCCCCGGGACUAGAUUUCCGCCCCCCGCGCCCUCUCGCCUCCUCCCCUCCCACUCUCCGGCGGAGACCGGGGCCAGAGUGGCCCGGGGGCGGAGUUUCGGUUUCC